AUGAGUGGUCGACCCAGGACAACUUCUUUUGCUGAAGGUAAAGAUGGCAACAAAGUCACAACUGUCCUGGCCACGGCUGGGCAGGGUUCAGAUCGGCCCCAGGAGGUUAGCUAUACAGAUGCUAAAGUGAUUGGUAAUGGCUCCUUCGGUGUGGUGUACCAAGCCAAACUGACAGAGACGGGGGAACUGGUGGCAAUCAAGAAAGUCUUGCAAGACAAACGCUUUAAGAAUCGAGAACUACAGAUUAUGCGGAAAUUGGAGCAUCAAAAUAUAGUCAAGCUGAAGUAUUUCUUUUACUCAACAGGUGAAAAGAAAGACGAAGUAUUUUUAAACCUAGUUUUAGAGUUUGUUCCAGAGACCGUCUAUCGGGUAGCGAGACAUUACAGUAAAUCCAAACAGACUAUACCAAUAUUAUAUAUAAAGUUGUACAUGUACCAGCUAUUUCGCAGUCUAGCCUACAUCCACUCCCAGGGUGUCUGCCAUCGAGACAUCAAACCUCAGAAUCUGCUGUUGGACCCUGAAACUGGAGUGCUCAAACUCUGUGAUUUUGGAAGUGCAAAGGUAUUAGUCAGAGGUGAGCCAAAUGUAUCCUACAUCUGUUCUCGAUACUAUCGGGCCCCUGAGUUGAUAUUUGGAGCCACAGAUUACACAUGUCAGAUUGAUGUAUGGUCAGCUGGUUGUGUCCUGGCAGAAUUGUUGUUAGGCCAGCCCAUUUUCCCGGGGGACAGCGGCGUGGACCAGCUGGUGGAGAUCAUCAAAGUGCUGGGCACACCCACCCGGGAACAGAUUCGGGAGAUGAACCCUAACUAUUCCGAAUUCAAGUUUCCACAGAUAAAAGCCCACCCGUGGUCAAAGGUGUUCCGUCCCCGCACACCACAAGAGGCAGUGGUUCUGGUGAGUCGACUGUUGGAGUAUACACCGUCAGGCCGUAUGACUCCACUUGAAGCUUGUGCACAUGCAUUUUUUGAUGAACUGAGGGAUCCGAACACCAGACUACCAAGUGGUAGAGAGCUACCUCUACUUUUCAAUUUUACACCUACAGAGCUCUCAAUAGCACCGGCCCUCAAUGCCACAUUGAUCCCCCCACAUGCUCGCUCCGCUGGUACAGACAUUGCUGUCAGCUCUGGCACGGCGGCCAACAACUCCUCUCUGGCUCCCGCAAGCAACAGCAGCCUCGACAACAACAGCGCUGCCUCAGGGGCAUCCACAAGCGGCGACACCGCAUAA